AUGAUCGGGUCCGUGACUACGCUAUAUAAAGCUUACCAGUUAACUAAUGAGGCGUAUCGCCAGUUGUUUCGCAGUUUUAAGAAAACUGAAUCAGAAACUUAUGUUGAAUUUGUGACCAAGAAACAAAAUAGUUUUGAUAAAUGGACUAGGUCGUUAGAAAUAGGAAAUAGUUUUGCCAAAUUACGGGAGGCCAUGAUUCUAGAGGAAGUUAAAAGUUGUUUACCACCGGCUGUUAAGCUACAUUUAUCUGACCAAGGUAUUGAAAGUGUGAAAGGUGCCGCGGAGGUUGCGGACCAUUAUACUCUGAUUCAUAAAACUAGUCAGUCUCAAUCAGGUUUUGUGAGGUUUAACGAGGUUGGACGAAGAAAUAGUGUUCAGGCAGGUUCUAGUUGGAAUAACGGUGGCAAUACUAGAGGUAAUGUGGGUACCACUAUUGGUAAGGCUAGCUCGGUGAGUGAUAGUGCCAAGUACGGUUUUGCCAGACAGCGGCCUGGUUCGUUAGGCGGUAGUCAGUUGUCUGCUAAGGCUAAAUCAUUCCAACCACGUUGUACGUACUGUAAGAUGACAAAUCACACAGCGGAGACGUGCUUUCGACGACAACGAGACAAUAAGCAGGUAGUGGGUUUAGUCAGGACUGAGACCGAGUUCAACACUUUGUCAUUGCCACGUGAGCGACAAAGAUAUGAGAAUGAAAAUGGUAAAAACUGGGAUCAGGGAAUACCUUUUGUACUGUUCGCUGCACGAGACUCUAAGCAGGAGUCUUUAGGCUUUUCCCCAUUCGAGUUGGUUUACGGUCACACCCCUAAAGGCCCACUCAAACUAGUGAAGAGUAGUUGGAUCAAGGAGGAUAGCUCCGAUCAUCUACUAAAUUACGUAGCUAAAAUCAAAAAUAGAUUAUGGCAGGCAACUCAGUUAGCAAAUAAACACUUAGCUAAUGCCCAGACAAAAAUUAAAUCAUACUUUGACAGGAAAGCAAAAGUUAGGGAAUUCAAAGUAGGUGAAAAAGUUUUAAUGUAUUUACCCCUACCUAAAUCAUCCAUGCAAAACAAGUACUUUGGCUCAUUUUCGAUUGCACGCCGGGUUAGUGACACUGGUUAUGUUGUCAACACGCCAGGUCGACGCAGGGCUACGAAAUAUUGCCAUAUCAACCUGUUAAAUCCCUACCGUGAACGUCUCGCGACUCAACCGACCAUGGCAGUGGAUUUGGAACCAAAUGAACCAGGUGAUGACCCCAGUGACACUUCAGAUAUCCGGCUUUCUAAUAGCGAAGUGUUGACAAAUCUGAACCAUGUGCUGUGCUAUCUUCAAGGUACAUGUAAAGAUGAACUUACUGAUACAAUCAACGAGUUUACGGAUCUGUUUCCGGAUGCACCAAGGGUGACAGACAUCAUGGUCCAGGAUAUCGAACUCGAGAGUGAUACGGUUAUACCUAUAAAGCUGCACGCGUAUCGACCGAAUGGAAAUUUUAGGUUGUGCGCUGAUUUGCGAAAGGUGAACCAGCUGAUAAAAGGUGACUCGUACCCACUUCCUAGGUUGGAUGAUUGCAUCGAUAGUGUCGGGAAUUCGAACUAUAUAUCAAAGUUAGAUUUGCUCAAAGGCUACUUACAAAUUCUUCUGUCAGAACGGGCUAAACAGAUUUUGGCCAUCGUCACCCCAGACGGACUCUAUCAAUUUAGGGUGAUGCCUUUUGGACUCAAAACGGCACCUGCUGCUUUCCAGCGACUCAUGAACUGUGUUCUUGAAGACUUGCCAAAUGUCCGUGUAUAUUUGGACGAUGUGGUAAUUGCCAACAAUACAUGGCAAGAUCAUAUUCAUGACAUCAAAACUGUGUUCACACGACUCCGAGAUGCUAAACUCACAGUCAACCUGACCAAGUGUGAAUUCGGAAAAGCCCAGGUGACCUUUUUGGGACAUGUGGUUGGUCUUGGGAAAGUAGCUCCUAUCACAGCCAAAGUGGACUGCAUCCUGAAAUAUCCUCUGCCCACCACGAGGAAAGAAGUUCGGCGUUUCCUGUGGAUGGCCAGGUACUACCGGGGUUUCUGUCCAAACUUUGCUACGGUCGCAGCCCCAAUCACUGCACUAUUAAAAAAGGGAACCAGUUUCCAGUGGACAGAGCAAUGUACGCAAGCAUUCACUCUUUUGAAGAACUUAUUGUGUACCGCUCCUAUAAUGGCAGCACCAGACUACCAAAAACCUUUCAAGCUACCAGUGGAUGCAAGUGACGUCGCAUGUGGUGGUGUCCUAUUUCAAGAGGACGCCCAAGGUCUGGACCACCCUGUGAGUUUCUUUUCAAAGAAAUUUAAUAAACACCAGUUAAAUUAUUCUACUGUGGAGAAGGAAGCCCUUGGACUUGUCACCACAUUAAAACAUUAUGAAAUAUAUGUGAAAGCGGCCAGCCAUCCAGUAACAGUAUACACCGACCACAACCCGCUUACGUUCAUCAAUCACAUGAAGAGCACGAAUCAACGCAUCCUGAGAUGGAGCCUGAUGCUACAGGAGUACUCCCUCUCCAUUCAGCACAUUGCAGGAUCAUGCAAUAUAAUGGCUGAUUCCUUGUCAAGGAUAUGA